AUGGUUAUCAAUGUAUCCAGCAGUUUGCCGUAUUUUAGAAAUUAUUUCCUUUACCAAGACAAAUGUCGCAAAUUUUUUAAAGAUAAAUAUGAAUCUGAUUUUACUAUUUUUUAUUUGAAAUUUGUGCAAUACUUUAUUCAAGUUUUUCAUCAAACAAAUGCUAGUUUGGAGGAAGAAGAAAAUUCCAUUUUUAAAGUAAUUAAUUUACUUUCAAACUUGAAAGAAAUGUUGGAGAAUAGAAUUGAUAGUCAGUUUUUGUCACUUGACAUAAAAAACGGUUUAGAAAAACUCAAUAAUGAUUAUGAAGGAUUUGAAAAAGAAUCUGAACAUUUUAAAAGACAUAAUGCAAGCACUGAAAGAGUAUUUUCUUUAUUGGAAUCUCAAUGGGCGGACGAGCGCAACCACUUAAAACUUUUAACCGUCGAAUCAUUAGCAAUAAUAAACUAUAAUUACAAAAUAGUAUCGUGCAAUAGAUGGGUCUUGAGAUCCGCUCUGAACUUCGCAAGUGAUGGAGAAGUAGUCAGAGAAGUAGGUAGAGAGUUCCAGAGAAAAAAACCAGAAAAAGCAAAAGUAGCCAGUGCAAGAGAACAAGAUAUGGAGAUAUAUGAGAAAAGAAAGGGGCACGAGCAACUAGACGAGCAGCAGAGUUAA